AUGUCGCUCUCAUCUAUCCUUUCUGCUGAUGCCAUCGACAGUGCUAUCAAGGACUGCCAAGCUCCAGACUCCUUCUGUGCUAAGAAGUUUUUCCAGAUAUGUGGCCUCACCAAGAAGAGCCCUCAGGAUAUAAAGAAGGUUUUUGGGAUUCUGGACAACGAUGCCAGUGGCUUUAUCGAGGAAGAAGAGCUCAAGUUUUUCCUCCAGAGGUUUUGUCCCGGGGCUCGUGUUCUGACAGAUAAGGAGACCAAGGCCUUCCUGAGUGCUGCUGAUGAUGAUAGCGACGGUAUGAUUGGAGCAGAUGAGUUCCAAGCCAUGGUCUUGUCCUAA